CCACCCCCGCCGACGCCGUGUAUGCUUGGCGUCCUCCUUGCCUCCUUCCGCCAUGCCCAGCGGCAGCAAGAGGGGCGCGGGGCGCGCGGCGCGGGGCGCGCACAAGAGCGAGUCCCCCGCCGUGAAGGCGGAGGCCCUGGCGGCGGAUGGGCCCAGCCCAUCGGCGCCCCGCGCGCCGCUCGUCCAGGCCAAGGAGGCCAAAGCGGGCCCGCUUGUCCGCGCCAAGGAGUCCAACGCGAGCUCCCCAGAGGACGUCAAGCACACGGGACACGCGGGGGAGGACGCAAAGCAGCUCGUCCUGAACAUGGACGAUCGCGGCGCCAUGCGUUUGGACGACCCCGCGAAAACGAAGGCUCUGAGGGGGCCCGCCAUCGGCGGGGACUUCGGCAAGGCCCGCCGCGGCAAGACGAGGAUUUGCGCCUACCUGAAGGACUUCCGCAGCCGUGCGUACAUGUACCGCGCGAUCUGGCAGGGCAGGUUCAAGAAGACGAAGCACGGCAUUGAGAAGAAGGACCUCUGCGUGAGUGCCUCGGGGCGGAUCGUCUCCAAGAAGAGGAGCGUCCACUGCAGGAAGCUGGGCACCCUCAGUGGCUGGAUCGAACACUGGAGGAUGUGGUGCUCUGCCACGAGCCAGGCGCGCGAGGCGCUCGGGGCCACCGGCUUCGUGAAGGUGAAGAGGGCUGGCACGGACGAGGAGGCGACCCUCUUCAAGCAGGUUGCGGCAAACUACACCCGCCUGAAGGCCGCCCGGCGAGUUGCGGCGGAGCCGUCCGUGGACGAGGUGGCCGGGGCGGCUGCCGCGCUGACUUCCGCGGGGGCCUGA